GCAUUUCCGUGAAGAGACCUGUCCCUGCCUUUUCCUGGAUCAUAAUCGCCAUUGCCAUCCCGCCGCGACAAUGCAGCCUGCCCUUUGUAUCGUAUAGACGCUACAAUGGGUUCUACCCACCAUCAAAGCCAGCGACAACCCUUGCAGCCCGUCAUCUAUACAGUGCCGGCCGUUGUCGACGGGUUGGACGAGCUUGACUCGCCCCCGUCAUAUUCCUUACACGCAUACCACACGAGCAGUUACUUGCAAUCCAUUCAGGGCCCAACAUCAUCGAGUACUGCGGCCGACGAUACGCAGUUUCUGCGAGCACCUCAUCCAGAUCAAAAUGCUCAAAAUCAGCACUACCAGCGAGUCCCACCCAUGACUUUGUCUGUAUUGGAUAGAGGCCAGCGUGCGAACGACUUGCGUGGAUACCGCAUCCAGGAGCCCAUGACCAGCACCGAGAUACACCACAAGAGAUACGACGAGCCCGGCUGCUGCGGGAGCGACACGGGAGGGUGCUGUUUCUCCAGCCACGGGGCAUGUUGCUUCUCUGACCACGACGCAUGCUGCUUCUCGGACCACGAGGCGUGCUGUUUUUCCGACCAUCGGGGAUGUUGCUUUUCAGAUAAUGGCGGCUGCUGCUUCUCAGAUGGCCGACAUUCUACACCUGGUAUCUGAUACGACGGUCAUCUCUCCCGGGCAACAAGAGCACCCAAGGCAUUGUGGUAGGCCAACUCACGUCGGCCAUUGUGGGAGCUGCUCAUGACAGUUCCCAAAGGCUUGCGGGCGCACGAUUCCGACCACUGCAGAGUCUCUUAUCCGCACCGCCCGCAAGCAAGCUGCCAACGGCCUGGAAAGCCUCAGACGAGAAGCCUGCCAGGGGCAAGGCCAAAUUCAAGAUUGUUGAUAACCGCUACCAGCACGGGAGAUGUGACACCGUGGCGCGAGAGCACAUACUUAUAACCUAAAUUGUUAUCUGCGUCCUGGCCAUUGUGUUGGCGACUAGCUGACAUUCGAAGUCCCACGCAGCCUCAAGGGCAACAUCAUAGAGGAAUCGAUAUACUACUCAUGUAAACUCGAUUUACCAACCACGGAUCAUCGCGCC